ACUCCUAUAUCAGAGAGAGUAUCCCAGUGCAGUCAGAAUGCGUCAGACUCCUAUAUCAGAGAGAGUACCUCAGUGCAGUCAGAAUGCAUCAGACUCCUAUAUCAGAAAGAGUAUCCCAGCACAGUCAGACUCCUAUAUCAGAGAGAGUAUCCCAGCGUAGUCAGAGUGCGUCAGACACCUAUAUCAGAGAGAGUACCCCAGCGCAGUCAGAAUGCGUCAGACUCCUAUAUCAGAAAGAGUAUCCCAGCACAGUCAGACUCCUAUAUCAGAGAGAGUACUCCAGCGCAGUCAGAGUGCAUCAGACUCCUAUAUCAGGCCGAGUACACCAGCGCAGUCAGAGUGCGUCAGACUCCUAUAUCAGAGAGAGUACCUCA